UCAAGAUGAGCAAGUUAAAAGUGGUAUCAGAGAAGAGCCUUACCAAUAAUUCACGGAUCGUGGGACUCCUGGCUCAGCUGGAGAAGAUCAAUACUGAAUCUGCAGAAUCAGAUACUGCCCGAUAUGUUACAUCAAAAAUUCUUCAUCUGGCCCAAAGUCAAGAAAAGACAAGGAGAGAAAUGACAGCCAAAGGUUCUACAGGAAUGGAAGUUCUGCUGUCAACCCUAGAGAACACGAAAGAUCUUCAAACUACACUUAAUAUCUUAAGCAUUCUUGUUGAGCUGGUGUCAGCUGGUGGAGGUCGAAGAGCGAGUUUCUUGGUCGCCAAAGGUGGUUCACAAAUAUUGUUGCAGUUACUUACGAAUGCUAGCAAAGAAUCUCCCCAGAAUGAGGAGUUAAUGGUGCAGAUUCAUUCUAUUCUUGCAAAGAUUGGACCAAAAGACAAAAAAUUUGGAGUGAAAGCUAGAAUUAAUGGAGCUCUGAAUAUAACUCUGAAUUUGGUCAAACAGAAUUUGCAGAAUCAUCGCUUGGUUUUGCCUUGUCUUCAGCUUUUACGAGUAUAUUCUGCCAAUUCUGUGAAUUCAGUAUCCUUAGGGAAAAAUGGAGUUGUGGAGCUGCUGUUUAAAAUCAUUGGACCAUUUAGUAAGAAGAAUUCGGGUCUCAUGAAGGUUGCUUUAGACACUCUUGCUGCAUUGCUAAAAUCAAAAACAAACGCCAGGAGAGCUGUAGACAGAGGAUAUGUCCAAGUCCUUUUAACAAUUUAUGUAGAUUGGCACCGCCAUGAUAACCGGCAUAGAAACAUGCUCAUUCGGAAAGGAAUUUUACAGAGUUUAAAAAGUGUUACAAACAUCAAGUUGGGAAGAAAAGCAUUUAUAGAUGCCAAUGGGAUGAAAAUUCUCUAUAACACUUCACAAGAAUGUUUGGCAGUUAGGACCCUUGAUCCUCUUGUCAACACCUCCAGUCUAAUAAUGAGGAAGUGUUUUCCUAAAAAUCGCCUGCCACUCCCAACGAUUAAAAGUUCUUUCCAUUUCCAGUUGCCGGUUAUUCCUGUGACUGGGCCUGUGGCCCAGCUCUACAGUUUACCCCCUGAAGUGGACGACGUAGUGGAUGAAAGUGAUGACAACGAUGACCUUGACUUAGAAGCCGAAAAUGAAACUGAAAAUGAAGAUGACGUAGAUCAGAAUUUUAAGAAUGAUGAUAUUGAAACGGAUAUUAACAAGCUAAAACCCCAGCAGGAACCAGGACGAACGAUAGAAGAACUUAAAAUGUAUGAACACCUUUUCCCUGAGCUUGUUGAUGAUUUUCAGGACUAUGAUUUAAUCUCCAAAGAACCAAAGCCUUCUGUAUUUGAGGGGAAAGUACGCGGCCCUAUCGUUGUUCCUACAGCUGGAGAGGAAGCAUCUGGAAAUUCAGGCAAUUUAAGAAAAGGAGUUGUAAGGAAGGUGCAUGUGUCUCCUAAAGGAGACGAAGGUGAUAAGAAACCUACCUGUAUGGAUCUGGCAAAAGAAGAUAUGAAAGAUAAUGGCAGAACAUCACAACAGCAGCCGGGUGAUCAAAAUAGAACUAUUUCUUCCACCCAGGGCCUAAACAACGAUAUUGUGAAGGCAUUGGACCGAAUUACGUUGCAGAAUCUUCCUUCUCAGACAGGCCCAGGUUUUACCGCAGGAGGGAAGAAGGACUACAGUCUCCCUCUCACUGUCCUUACGUGCACUAAAGCUUGUCCACACAUGGCUGCUUGCGGAAAUGUUCUUUUUGAGGGAAGAACAGUUCAAUUAGGGAAGCUUUGUUGUACUGGAGUUGAAACUGAGGAUGAUGAAGAUACAGAGUCUACUUCAUCAGUGGAACAGACAUCAGUGGAAGUCUCAGAUGGACCCACACUCCACGACUCAGAUCUCUAUAUUGAGAUUGUGAAAAAUACAAAGUCUGUCCCAGAAUAUUCAGAGGUGGCUUAUCCUGAUUAUUUUGGUCACAUUCCACCUCCAUUCAAAGAGCCUAUCUUAGAAAGACCUUAUGGUGUACAAAGGACAAAAAUUGCCCAAGAUAUUGAGAGGUUAAUACAUCAGAGUGAUAUCAUAGAUCGAGUGGUAUAUGACUUGGAUAACCCAAAUUACACUAUUCCAGAAGAAGGAGAUAUUUUGAAGUUUAACUCCAAAUUUGAAUCUGGGAAUCUGCGCAAAGUAAUUCAAAUUAGAAAAAAUGAAUAUGAUCUUAUUCUGAACUCAGAUAUAAAUAGCAAUCAUUAUCAUCAGUGGUUUUACUUUGAAGUCAGUGGAAUGCGACCAGGUGUUGCUUACAGGUUUAACAUCAUUAACUGUGAAAAGUCCAACAGUCAAUUUAAUUAUGGUAUGCAACCACUCAUGUAUUCGGUUCAGGAAGCAUUAAAUGCCAGACCAUGGUGGAUUCGUGUGGGAACUGACAUUUGUUAUUACAAAAAUCACUUCUCAAGAAGUUCAGUUGCUGCAGGUGGGCAAAAGGGAAAAUCCUACUAUACAAUUACAUUCACUGUCAAUUUUCCACAUAAAGAUGAUGUUUGCUACUUUGCUUAUCACUAUCCAUACACAUAUUCAACUUUACAGAUGCAUCUUCAAAAAUUGGAAUCAGCACACAAUCCUCAGCAAAUCUAUUUUCGAAAAGAUGUGUUAUGUGAAACCCUGUCUGGAAACACCUGUCCCUUGGUGACUAUAACAGCAAUGCCAGAGUCUAAUUAUUAUGAACAUAUCUGUCAAUUCAGAAAUCGCCCUUACGUUUUCUUGUCUGCUCGGGUCCAUCCUGGAGAAACUAACGCAAGUUGGGUAAUGAAAGGAACAUUGGAGUAUCUCAUGAGUAAUAACCCUACUGCUCAGAGCUUACGAGAAUCCUAUAUUUUUAAAAUUGUCCCUAUGCUAAAUCCAGAUGGUGUCAUCAAUGGAAAUCACCGCUGUUCUUUAAGUGGAGAGGAUCUGAAUAGACAGUGGCAAAGUCCAAAUCCAGAUUUACAUCCUACAAUUUACCAUGCUAAGGGGCUGCUACAAUACCUGGCCGCUGUGAAGCAUUUACCACUGGUUUAUUGUGAUUAUCAUGGCCACUCCCGAAAGAAGAAUGUAUUUAUGUAUGGCUGCAGCAUCAAAGAGACAGUAUGGCAUACCAGUGAUAAUGCAGCUUCAUGUGAUGUCGUGGAAGAUGUAGGAUACAGGACCUUGCCUAAGAUACUGAGCCAUAUUGCUCCAGCAUUUUGCAUGAGCAGCUGUAGCUUUGUAGUGGAAAAAUCUAAAGAAUCCACGGCACGUGUUGUGGUUUGGAGGGAGAUAGGCGUACAAAGAAGCUAUACCAUGGAAAGUACUUUGUGUGGCUGUGAUCAGGGAAAAUAUAAGGGUCUACAGAUUGGUACUCGAGAAUUGGAAGAGAUGGGAGCAAAAUUUUGUGUUGGUCUGCUGCGUUUGAAAAGACUGACAUCCCCAUUGGAAUAUAAUCUGCCUUCCAGCCUGCUUGACUUUGAAAAUGACUUGAUUGAAUCGAACUGCAAAGUAACGAGCCCUACCACUUACGUCUUGGAUGAAGAUGAGCCUCGAUUCCUUGAAGAAGUGGAUUACAGUGCAGAAAGUAAUGACGACUUAGAUACUGAAUUGGCAGAAAACGCAGGAGAUUACGAACCUUCUGCUCAAGAAGAAGCACUUUCUGACUCCGAAUUAUCAAGAACAUACCUACCUUAAGCCUUCUACCAUCUCUUGUUAACUGAAAAAAGAAAUGAAAUAUCUUGGGUUUUCUUACACAGGAAGUUUGAGAGAAAAGAGUUAAAUAGCUAACUCGAGAAAGACAAAAAGUAACUUGGGCCUGUUUGGUUUCAAGACAAUAAAUAUGUUAUUAAUUCAUGAUAACAUUGGCACUUGUUUUAUUUCAGAUAUUCGGUGCACUUGAUACCGCACUGAAUGAUC